AACCAGAGACACAGGCUAAUAAGAAGAUCUCAUUUUUUUUUCUUAUUUCUUCAUCGUCUUCCCCAAAUUAGGGUUUCCCCUUCUAUCCGGAGUUCGGUUAAUUAAAUUAUGCGAGGCGGUGGCAAGAGAAGAUCAAGCGGCGGUGGUUCCGGGAGAAGCAAAUCCAGAUCUCCCGGACACCGCGCGGCGGGUUCUUCCUCCGGCGGUCGUCGGCGACGUACCAACAACACUCUGUUCGUAGAAGGAGGCGCUCUCGCCGAUUUCCCGAAAGAUCAUUCCUUUUCGACGCCGUCUCGUGGAAGAAGCUCUUCCGGAAAGGGAUCGAAGAAGCCCGGAAGCUCAGAUCGUGCAAAAGCUUCUGCUUCUGGUCUGAGGAGAUGCAGUGGUCAAACCUACGCCUAUCAGUAUCCUUCACGCGAUCAAACGGUUGGAGUUGGAUCGAAUCAGUUACUUCUGGGGAAGACAGAUGGGAACCCGAUCGUUGCGUAUCUUGAUGAUCAGACGCCUUCGAAGGAAGUGGUUAAGGUAAAUUAUGAGUAUGGAUACGAGCCGAGUUUUGUUUUGGGUGGUGAUGAUGACGACUCUCAUAAAGGAUUGGGCUUUGAAUCUGAUGCUGGGCCAAGUGGUAGCCUUUCUGUUUCUAAGGCAUUGGGAGAUGAAGAGACUUGUGAAGAGGGUGGAGAUGAGGCGAUGCCUGAUGUUGUGAAAGUGAAACCGUCGAAGAGGAACUCAGGGUUCAUUUCUAUUGGAGGGAUGAAGCUUUACACUGAAGAUAUAUCUGAUGAUGAAGAGAGUGGUGGAGAAGAAGAGGAAGGAAGCAUUGGGUCUGUAGAGAGUGAGGAGUCAUCUGAUGAGAGUGAAAGCUCGGAGUAUAUGUUUGGAAGUGAUACCGAGAUUGAUGACGCCGUUGCGAAGGAUUACUUGGAAGGUAUUGGUGGCAGUGAGAAUAUGUUGGAUGCUCAUUGGCUGGCAGAAAAGUCACUAGAUCAACUGGAUUUGUCUGACACUUCUGGAAGUGAUUCUUCUGCUGAGAUGAAGACAGGGAAGAAGCUGACUGGUUUUGCUCUACAAAAGGCGUCAAUGGAGUAUGGCAAGAAGAAGUUUACAAGAAGUGGUUCAUCAGGGCAUGGUAAGGCUACAAUGGAUGAUCUUAUGUUUGUGAAAGAUCCAAGAAGUCUUUCGGGGAAGAAGAAUAAGAAGACUAAGUUUCUUCCACAGUCUUGGCCUUCAGGGGCACAAAAGAGCAAGCAUUCUCGUAACUUUCCUGGUGAGAAGAAGAAACAUCGCAAAGAGUAUAUUGCUCUGAAGCGUCGCGAGAGAAUGUUGCAGCGCGGUGUUGAUCUUGCUGAUAUAAACAUUCAGUUAGGGCGUUUCGUUCUUGAAAACGUGGACAUGCACUGUUUCCAGCGUAUGCAUAACCGAGAUUGCUCUCAGGUAAGACGGUUAGCAGAUGUGUACCGCUUAUCAAGUAGCUGCACUGGUUCUGGAAAGAAAAGCUUUGUGACGGUUACUAGAACGUAUCAGACAUGUAUGCCUUCUGCUAGCGAUAAGGUUCGAAUUGAGAAGCUAAUAGGAGCAGGAGAGGAGGAGGAGGAUUUUGCUGUCAGCGGAGGAGGGGUGAAGGUUAAAUCUGGAGGUUUAGAGAGGAAGAAAGCGAAAGACUCAGCCAAAAAGCGGCCUACUAGAGAAGAACGGGAGAGAAACAAAAGCAGCGGGAAGAAGAGUUCAUAUGCUGAGCAACCUGUUUCGUUUGUGUCAAGUGGUAUUAUUGAUUCUGAGAUCGCUGUGGCAAAGACGUCUUUUGAUGUCAAAGAUGCUAAACAAGUGGGUGAAGCUACUCCGGAAGCCUCUAGUGGAGCAGAUAUUGGAGCGUUUGAGGUACACACCAGAGGCUUUGGAUCUAAAAUGAUGGCAAAAAUGGGAUUCAUAGAAGGAGGCGGUCUAGGAAAGGAGGGUAAGGGGAUAGCACAGCCAAUAGAAGCUGUUCAACGUCCGAAAUCACUUGGUUUAGGUCUGGAUUUCUCCAUUGAUACCGAAGAGGCUAGUCCAUCAAGCAAUAACAACGCUAAAAGGAACAGAUCUUCUUCCUCUGGGAAACAAGUCAAACGCGUCUCCCAUGUCAUUGGUGGUGGCUCUGGCUCAGCAAGGAUUAGAGACAAAAGAUUGGGAGCCUUUGAGCAGCACACAACAGGUUUUGGUUCGAGGAUGAUGGCGAGAAUGGGUUUUGUGGAUGGCUCUGGUUUGGGAAGAGAGUCACAAGGCAUAGUCAAUCCGUUGGUCGCUGUGAGACGUCCUAAAGCACGUGGACUAGGCGCUGAAGGCUAAAGAUCGAGUGUUUUAAGUUUUAACAAGACGGUGUUACUUUAAUAAGUUUAUGUUCAUCUUUGAUCUUUCAGCAUGACUACUACUUUAAACUAUGUGGCUUGAGCUUUGUUGAUUAACAAAUCUUUUUUACUUGA